UGUUUGUCCUUAUGCCCCUCCUACUCCAAAAACAUGGCUGCUCCCGUGGCUCUCAGGCGACAACUAUUUUCUUUGGCAAGGAUAUUCACGGGGAUCUCACAUUUGGGACCGGGAGCUUCGGGUACCUGUUCAGGUCACAGGAAAUAUAAUAUAAUAAGGUCCCAUCUCCCUCUGACAUCCAGCACUUCCUUCCACACAUCAACAGUGUUUUCAUCAACACCUUCUGCUAUCACUGUCACAGAAGAGCCUGAUGCACUGUUUCAGAGGGUGUCAGUUUUGGUCAAAGGUCAUGACAGGGCCGUCUUGGACAGCUAUGAGUUUUUUGCCACCAUGGCAGCUAAAGAGCUGGGCAUCAACAUCAGCAAAGUUUACGAGCCUCCCAAGGAGAUAGACAGGCUUACACUCCUGAAGUCAGUACACAUCUUCAAAAAACACAGGGUCCAGUAUGAGAUGAGGACGCACUACCGGUGUAUUGAGUUGUCUCAUUUAACGAGCUGCACAGCACAGGCAUACCUCGAAUACAUCCAGAGGAACCUCCCUGAAGGUGUAGCCAUGGAAGUGACAAAGACUGCAAUGGAGAAGGUUCCAGAUCACAUCCUUGAACCCAUGUGGAAGGACGACACCAUUGACGACAAGCCCAGCCAGUGAAUGCAGUGAUGAGCAACAGAUGCAUAUUGGGUGUCUUUUUUCAGACAUCAGUGAAUAUACUGGGUAAUUGGGAAAACGUUAAAAAUGAAAUACUACUAUACACCUGUCAUGACCUCCUGAACUGCUCAUCAUAUAUAAUUCAAAAGAAACAUCAAAAUUGAUAGAACGGAAAAAGGUCCUCUUCAGUUACAGAAUGUGCAUUCAUUGUCUUUAUGCACUGAAACUUGUUUUCAUCGUCUUUUUCUUGUCUUUUCUGUGUCAAAACAAUGUGGAAUCAAUUGUAUGUUUCUCUUCCCAAUAAAUGUCACAUUCUGCAUUUAA